AUGGAUGACACUGCGACCUACGGCUCGCCCGGCAACGGUGCUUCGCCCAACAGCAAUCCAAUCCUUGCGCAACCUCCUUUGCAACCAGACCCAAGCGCUGGCGAUGGUGAAGAUGUCCAGAUGUCAGAGGGACUGGCAACCGACUCAAACAUUAAACAGGACAGCACGACUCCUGCUCCAGCUCGCGGCGAUGAGGAGAUGAACGAUGCGCCUGAUGAUGCCAAGGGCAAAGAUGAGGCGGCUGGAGGCACUGAUGGUCAGGACAAGUCAAAGGAGACAGCCGAGUCCGCUGCUCGUGAGCACCUCAUGACCCAGACACACGCGAUUGUCCUUCCUAGUUACAGCACUUGGUUCGACAUGAACACCAUCCACGAUAUCGAGCGCAAGGCGAUGGCCGAGUUCUUCAACAACCGAAACCGUAGCAAGACACCCGCUGUCUACAAGGACUACCGCGACUUCAUGAUCAACACAUAUCGUCUUAACCCCGUCGAAUACUUGACGGUGACCGCCUGUCGCCGAAACCUGGCUGGUGAUGUUUGCGCCAUCAUGCGCGUUCAUGCUUUCUUGGAGCAAUGGGGAUUGAUCAACUACCAGGUUGAUGCUGAUCAACGUCCCUCGCAUGUUGGACCCCCCUUCACCGGCCAUUUCAAGAUCAUCUGCGACACCCCCCGAGGUCUUCAGGCAUGGCAGCCCUCUGCUGACCCAGUGGUCUUGGAGGGCAAGAAGAGUCAAGAUACCGACAACAAGGCCAAUGCGACCGCGCCAGCGAAGGCCGAUCAGAAUCUCGAGAUUGGACGUAACAUCUACGAAGCCAAUGCUAAGAACACUCUCAUCACUAAGACGGAGGGCAAGACGAAUGGAGAGACUCCUGCUACUAAUGGUGUUCCUGGGGCUGAAGAUGCCACCAAGACCCCUAUUGCGAAGGUUCACUGCCAUCAGUGUGGAAACGACUGUACCCGAAUCUACUACCACAGCAACCACACCGACGCGAACCCGAAGGCCAAAUACGAUCUUUGCCCCAACUGCUUCACUGAGGGUCGCCUGCCUGCCAACCAUACCAGCAACAUGUAUGUGAAGAUGGAAAACCCCACAUACACAUCAACUCUCGACCGGGACGCCCCGUGGACGGAUGCCGAGAUCUUGCGACUGCUCGAAGGUCUUGAGCGGUUUGAUGAUGACUGGGGUGAGAUUGCCGAGCAUGUCGGGACCCGCACGCGGGAGGAGUGUGUCCUUCAGUUCCUGCAGCUGGAUAUUGAGGAGAAAUAUCUUGAUUCGGAGGCCCCUAUCAGUGGUCCUACUGGGUUGUCGAUGCUUGGUCCUCAACAGGGACAGCUUCCCUUCAGCCAAGUGGAUAACCCUGUGAUGUCGGUCGUUGGAUUCCUGGCUAGUCUAGCCGAUCCAGCCAGCACGGCUGCGGCGGCGAGCAAGUCCGCUGAAGAACUCAAGCGAAAGCUUCGCAAGCAGCUGGAUGGCGAAAAGGCUGGCGAUGAAGCCAAGGCUAACGGCGACGGCAAGACCAAGGCUGAUUCGAUGGACAUUGAUGUCCGUCAAGAAACAACCACCACAACCACGACGACGACCACAACAACGACAAAGACAAGCGCGCUUGCUUCGAUCCCUCUGGCAUCAAUUGGCGCUCGGGCGGCAGGAUUUGCAUCACAUGAGGAGCGAGAAAUGACACGAUUGGUGUCUGCUGCAUCUAAUGUGACUCUCCAGAAGCUGGAAAUGAAGCUGAAGUACUUUGAUGAGAUGGAGGCUGUACUGCGCGCAGAGCGACGAGAGCUUGAGCGGGCGCGUCAACAAUUAUUCCUCGACCGACUGGCUUUCCGCCGAAGAGUGCGUGAGGUCCAAGAAGGCCUCAAGGCUGCGGCAGCGGUUGGCGGCGAGCAGGGUGUACGCAUGGCCCAGGAUGCUAUGAACGAGGGUGACCGAUUGAGCCUCCAACCGGCACCUGGAGCGCAAGCCGUUCCACCUCCAAGCAACGAUGGCCAAGUGAAGAGCUACGAGGCUUAG